AUGGGCGACGCCAGGUGCGCGGGUGCCGUCCUGCCCAGCAUGCAGACCUCCGGGACCAAACCCUGCCCCUGCCCCAGCUUCAAGCUGCGGGAAGUGGCAUCCAUGUAUUUCACCAUGAUUGCGGUGUUCCUGGUCAUCUUGGUGGUGGCCCUGCAGGGCUCGGUGCCACGCGGGAGUGAUUUUCCGUACAAGGUGCCCCUCGAUCCCCAGGGGCUGCUCGAGCUCUCCUGGAACGUCAGCUAUCCCGAGCAAGCCGUGCAUUUCCAGCUCCUCAUCAGGGACCUGCAGUUCGGGCUCCUCUUCGGGAUGUCGGACAGGGGUGAGUUCGAGAAUGCAGACCUGGCUGUGCUCUGGAGCGACGGGCACAAUUCCUAUUUCGGGGAUGCCUGGAGCGAUGCCGAGGGGCAGCUCCACAUGGACUCACAGCAGGACUACCACCUCCUCGGGGCUCGCAGGGCUCCUGAGGGGCUCUACCUACUCUUCAGAAGAGCCUUCAGCACCUGUGACCCAAAGGACUACCUUAUAGAGGAUGGCACCGUGCACCUUAUCUAUGGGAUCCUGGAAAACCCGGUCCGUUCCCUCCAAGCCAUCAACAUCUCUGGCAUCCACAGGGGACUACAGAGGGUGCAGCUGCUAAAGCCCAACAUCACCGUCCCCGAACUGCCCAGCGACAUGAAGACCAUGGAGAUAACGGCCCCCAACGUUGUCAUUCCGAGCCAGGAGACAACCUACUGGUGUUACAUGGCAGAGCUCCCAGACGGCUUCCCCAAACAUCACAUUAUCAUGUACGAGCCAGUGAUCACGGCAGGCAAUGAGGCCCUGGUCCACCACAUGGAAGUCUUCCAGUGUGCUGCUGAGUUCGACAGCUUCCCCCAUUACAACGGGCCCUGUGACUCCAAGAUGAAGCCAGACCGGCUCAACUACUGCAGGCAUGUGCUUGCAGCGUGGGCCAUGGGAGCGCAGGCUUUCUACUACCCUGAAGAAGCAGGUCUUGCUUUCGGUGGCCUGGGCUCCUCCAGAUACUUGCGCCUCGAGAUUCAUUACCACAAUCCCUUGGUGUUCAAAGGUCGUCGUGACUCCUCGGGGAUCCGCCUCUACUACACGGCCACCCUGCGACGCUACGAUGCCGGGAUCAUGGAGCUGGGCUUGGUCUACACGCCGGUGAUGGCCAUUCCCCCGGGUGAGGACGCCUUCGUCCUCACGGGCUAUUGCACUGACAAGUGCACCCAGCUGAGAGAGCGGCAGGUCGUGAACGCGGAUGGUCACUACAGCCCCCACUUCCAGGAGAUCCGUAUGCUGAAGGAGAUGGUGGCAGUUUUUCCAGGCGACGAACUCAUCACAACCUGCACAUACAACACGGAGGACCGGAGCCAAGCCACCGUGGGCGGGUUCGGCAUCUUGGAGGAGAUGUGCGUGAACUACGUGCACUACUACCCCCAGACGCAGCUGGAGCUGUGCAAAAGCGCUGUGGAUCCGGGCUACCUGCACCGAUACUUCAACCUGGUGAACAGGUUUAACGAUGAGGAGGUCUGCACGUGCCCGCAGGUUUCUGUCCCGCAACAGUUUUCCUCCGUCCCCUGGAACACGUUCAACAGGGACGUGCUGAGAUCCCUCUACGGCUUCGCUCCGAUCUCGGUGCACUGCAACAAAUCCUCAGCCGUCCGGUUCCCGGGCAAGUGGGAGAAGCAGGCGCUUCCCACCUUAUUUUUUCCCGUCCCUCGCUGCCCGCCCGCCCCAGCACCUCGGCCUGCCGCCCCCGUCCCCAUCAACCUGGGCGAGCUCAGAAGGGAAUGA